CCUGCGGCUCGCUGCGGCGGGGAAGUAGGCGUGGGCGUGCUACACUUACCCUGGAGCGCCAGAUUAGAAGAGGAGUCAUGUCAGAAGAAACAGUAAGUGAAUCACAGUUUUCCCUGAGGACAGCAGCACUAAGAGUGUUUGAUCUUCCUCUGUCUUGGUACUAUUCUCUCUGCCAGGUCAGAUUUUCGCCAGUAGCUAAAAAGUUAUUUGUGGUAACUGCAGUGAGUGUUGUAUCUGUAAUUUUUCUGGCCCGUCACUUUAAAAGAAGACGUGGAAAGAAGAAAGGAAAAAUAUUACCAUGGGAACCAGAGCAUCUCAUACUUGAAUACACUAAAAGAGCAGCAUCAGACAAAGGUUCAAGUUGUUCCAGUAGCAGACAGAAUUUGACAUUAUCUUUAAGUUCUGCCAAAGACAAAGGAUCUCAGUCUUAUAAUUAUGCUAAUGGAGGACUCUUCAGUAAAUACUCAGGUUCUGCACAGAGUUUGGCCUCCGUCCAGAGUGUCAAUUCUUGUCAUAGCUGUGCUUGUGGCAAUUCUAAUUCCUGGGACAAAACAGAUGAAGAUGAUAUUAAACUUGUUAAUAUUCCUGUGACCACUCCUGAGAACCUAUACUUGAUGGGUAUGGAAUUGUUUGAAGAGGCAUUGCGUCGAUGGGAACAAGCGCUAACCUUUCGAAAUAGACAGGCUGAAGACGAAGCCUGUAGUUCCAUUAAAUUGGGUGCGGGAGAUGCCAUUGCAGAAGAAAGUGUAGAUGAUAUUAUUAGUACUGAAUUUAUCCAUAAACUUGAAGCUCUGCUGCAAAGAGCAUAUCGUCUCCAAGAGGAGUUUGAAGCUACCCUAGGGACAUCUGAUCUUAAUUCCCUUGCUAAUGAUAUGGAUAAAGAUACAGAUAUCACCAUGAAGGGGAAUAUGGAUGACUUUGGCCUGAGAGACACCUUGAGUAUCACAUCAACCGAUUCUUUUGCUUCAGCAGCAGAGCUUGCAGAACACAAAGAAGUACAGCAUAUCUACAGUCUGGAGUCUCUUUGCCACUGCCCUUUUUACGAAGAGGCCAUGCAUUUAGUUGAAGAAGGAAAAAUUUACUCAAGAGUGCUUAGAACUGAAAUGUUGGAGUGCCUAGGAGACAGUGAUUUUCUUGCCAAACUUCACUGUAUUCGACAGGCUUUUCAGGUAAUUCUUUCAGAAACAGCCAACAGGAUAUUCCUUGCUGAAAGCGGGAGGAAAAUUUUAUCAGCGUUAAUUGUAAAAGCGCGAAAGAAUCCGAAGAAGUUUGAAGAUGUUUUUGAUGAAAUGAUCUAUUUUUUAGAGCAGACUGAUCACUGGGAUAGUACUGAAAUGGAACUGGCUGCUAGAGGAGUGAAAAAUCUAAAUUUUUAUGAUGUUGUUUUGGAUUUUAUAUUAAUGGAUUCCUUUGAAGAUUUAGAAAACCCACCCACAUCCAUACAGAAUGUAGUAAAUAAUCGCUGGCUAAACUCCUCCUUCAAAGAAACCGCUGUGGCUUCAAGUUGUUGGUCAGUGUUGAAACAGAAAAGGCAACAGAUGAAGAUCCCAGAUGGAUUUUUUGCCCAUUUUUAUGCCAUUUGUGAGCACAUCAGCCCUGUCCUAGCCUGGGGCUUUUUGGGUCCUAGAAAUUCUCUCUAUGAUUUAUGUUGCUUCUUUAAGAAUCAAGUUCUUUUCUUUCUCAAAGACAUUUUUGAUUUUGAGAAGGUACGCUAUUCCAGUAUAGAGACUUUGGCUGAAGACCUCAUGCAGUUGCUUAUUCGCCGCACUGAACUUUUAAUGGCCUAUCUUGGAGCCGAUGCACUGAGGCAUACAAGUAGCUGUAUAAGUAGUCACAGUCAUGUUAUGCCCAGUGGCCUAUUAGAAGCCAAAGUACAAUAA